AUGGCUGCGAAUACUGAACAACUAGACAGGCGGGCAAAGGCGAUUGAGAAGGAGCUGUAUAAGCGCGCCGAUGGCGGCUCCGCCUGCGCCGAGUUGGCUGCCGUGCUGCAAGAGUACCGCGCCGCCUGCGAAGCCCUCAUCUUCUCAAACUUCGAGUACGCCUCGGCCCACGAACUUCAGACGACGCUGUGGAAUGCGCAUCUGAAGGUCAAUGCCAUAUUCCGCCAGGAGCAUAAACUCCUCAAGCGCUCCAAAGACCAUGUCGUCGAGAUCAGAAAGUUUCAAAAGUUAUAUCUCCAGUUCAUCAAGGCCAGCCAGCGCUUCUACCGCCAGUACAUACUGAACCUCGACACGCAGUUCGACGGCAUCCCCGAGCUGCGCAAGAUUGCCCAAAAAUGGAAGGAUGACACCUCCAGGUCCUCUUCACGUCAGCGCAUCCCCGCCACCCUCAAGACCCAGGUCCUCCUCUCCUGCCACCAGACGCUCAUCCAGCUCGGCGACCUCUCCCGCUACCGCGAAACCGAACUCGUCGAAAAGAACAAGGAGCGCAACUGGGGCCCAGCCAAGGGAUACUAUGAUCUCGCAGCCGAAAUAUACCCCGACUCAGGACAUGCGCCCAACCAGCUCGCUGUAAUCGCGCGCGAAGAUGGCGACCACUUCCGCUGCGUCUACCACCUCUACCGCUCGCUAGCAAGCAGAGAGCCAUAUCCACAGGCCAAGGCCAAUCUAGCCACCGAGUUCAAGCGCGUCAUUGCCGCCUGGGACAGUGGUCAGCUCAUCAAUAACCACAAGUCGGCCGAAGGCAACACUGGUCGUGCCCUCAUUGCCUGGUUCAUCAGACUGCACAGCAAGCUCUACAAGGGUGAGGAAUUUGCUGCACAUGAUGAAUUGGAAGGCGAGGUGCUCAGCCAUCUGGCCAUCGAGCUCAAAGAGCGCCCACUCGACUCGGUCUUGACUAAGAUCAUACUCAUCAACAUGUCGGCCGAAUACUUCGCCACAGUGCAGCUACAGAGCGCAAACCCGCCCCCGAACGUCAUGCGCACAUACUUCUACUACCUCCGCCUGAACGUCAAGACUUUCUUCAUCCUCCUCCAGAUCCUGCAGCCGGAGCUGGACCGCUUGUUCGAAGGCAACGACGUGAAACUUCAAAAUGGCGACCGUUCCACUCAGCUUUCUGACAAGAUCACUGCAGUAGCUCGUCGCAUCCUCCCAGGACUCCGUCUGUACAGCACAUGGUUUACACGUUUUUGGAAAGUUCUCAACGCUAACAUUGCUGACACACUGAACACUGUCGAUGUGCAAGAGUUGUGGAAGGCAUAUGCGGCUACCCUGUCGCUUUUGGCAUCGAGCUUCCCUGUCGAUCAGCUUCCGAGAGAAAACUACAUGCUUGAGGAAGACACUGACACGAUUGGAUUCGAGCCGUUGAUCCACCCUGACACCAUGAAGGUGUGGUACGAAGGGGACAACAUGAAGCAGAAAUGGACCGACUUGGAGCGCAACCAUCCCAACGUCGAGAUGCUUAUGCGAGUCAAAGACUUGCUCAUUGACGGUCUUCUCCUUACGCAGAAUGAAGAAGCCCCCUUGGAUCUCGACCUGGCUGGUUCGCGUUUCAUCUAUCGGGAAGAAGGCCUGCCGUCUGAGCUCUUAGCAAGUCCUACCAACCAAACCGCAGGGUCGCCGGUUCUCUCUGUGCAGGCGGCAGACAUGCCCCUAUUUCAAAAUAUAGAGGCACCCAUUGCCGAAGACCAGAAGUCAUACAGCAUCGCCGCGGGCUCAGAAUCUGCAUCUACCACCAUUGCCAAGGACAACGCAAUGCGCGAUAUGGUAGAUGAUCUUGUAGGAGGGGAAACUGGGCUGGAUCCGUUGGUUGAAGAAGACGAGAACAUUCCGCCAACUCCACCCGAGCAAACAUUUGAUGACACUGCCGUCGUCAACGACAACAUGUUUGCGCCAGCAGCUCUGUCCAUCAACGACCUGGUUAACUCGGUUAAGAACUACAAGCCCCUGUCUCCGGUUCCUCCCUCGACGCUGCUCGCUACGCCAAUGGGCAGGUCUGGUUCUACUUCAUCUAUUCGCCAGCUGCCGAACCUACCUUCCGUCCCUGACGGUCAGUGGAACUCGAACUCCAUUUGGAACCGCACACCUGGACCAGCAUCGCCGUCCAUGUUGAACAGCAACGGGUUUGUAAAUGAUAUGCGCAGGUCGCCCAUGAUUGGUACAAAGACCGACUUGUCCGGUCAUGUGCGGGGUGAUUCAGCAAACUCGCUCCUGAGCGUUGACAACAUCACUCCUAGCACCAUCAGAGCACAAAGGCCGCUGAGUGGUAGUUUCAGUGGUGGUAUCGGUAGUGGCGCUGCCUGGGGAACCCAAAGUAGUCCUUCCACCUGGGGCUCACCCUAUGCCAAUAACUUCACCAGCAACCAGCAGUAUGGAUAUGCAAACGGUGCCAACAUGGCUAGUCCAGUACUGUUCAGCUCUUACCGAGACAACGCUGAUAGUCAGUGGGGGCGUACUCCACCAAACGGCCAAGGCGGUUGAUUGAUGCAGGCGCAGCCGUAGCAGGCUGCUCACCGCUGACUUCUCCUCUGUCUUGACUACCGGCAGAUGUAUUCCCCGCGCGGAGACCACAACAACCCAAUGUGACCAACUGUACUUUGCUCGACUGGUCUGAUAAAUGACUUCGCUUAGCCGGUGGAUGUCAGGUCCUUAGGUGGCAUGUGCGAGACUGCUCCCAGAACGCCGUGCAGUCAUACGAUGCUUUUACUUACGAUCAGGCACUUUUCAUGGCGGCUGGAGAUGAGCGACGGGGUAACUCUGGCGACAUAUGGCCUCACAGAUUGGAAUUAUCAUGCUAUUGAUUUGGGCCUCAUUCUGACUUUGUUUGGGCAGUAGACACUGCCAUUGUCAAUGACUGGAAGCCCUUGACAGCCCGGCUUCUGGUGCUCCUCACUUGCUCAUGAGGUUAGCUCUAUUCACAGACAUUGUCCUACUUUAUACUUUAUACAAUCAAGGGAGUUUUGCGU